GGCGGCGACGCGGGCCGGCGGCCCUGCGGUGCGGGAGGGCGGCUGGGCAGGCUGCAGGGAUGCUGCGCGGCGCGCUACCCCUGCUCGGGCUGCCCCUGGCGGGAGCGGAGACAACUGAAGAGCCCACCCGGGAGCCGGGGUCGCCUGGCGAGCCGCCCCCAGGCUUGGCGCUCUUCCGCUGGCAGUGGCACGAGGUAGAGGCGCCCUAUCUGGUGGCUCUGUGGAUCCUGGUGGCCAGUCUGGCCAAAAUCGUGUUCCAUCUAUCCCGGAAGGUCACAUCACUGGUUCCUGAGAGCUGCCUGCUGAUUCUGUUGGGCUUGGUGCUAGGGGGCAUUGUCUUGGCUGUGGCCAAGAAAGCAGAGUACCAGCUGGAGCCCGGCACCUUCUUCCUCUUCUUGCUGCCCCCUAUUGUGCUGGACUCAGGCUAUUUCAUGCCUAGCCGGCUGUUUUUUGACAACCUGGGUGCCAUCCUCACCUAUGCCGUCGUGGGCACACUUUGGAAUGCCUUCACAACCGGCGCUGCCCUCUGGGGCUUGCAGCAGGCCGGACUUGUGGCUUCCCGCGUACGGGCUGGCCUGCUGGACUUCCUGCUGUUUGGCAGCCUCAUCUCGGCGGUGGACCCCGUGGCCGUGCUGGCUGUUUUUGAGGAGGUGCAUGUCAACGAGACACUCUUCAUCAUCGUCUUCGGGGAGUCCCUGCUCAAUGAUGCAGUCACUGUGGUGCUGUACAAGGUCUGCAACUCCUUUGUGGAGAUGGGCUCUGCCAGAGUGCAGGCCACUGACUACCUGAAGGGUGUCGCCUCCCUGUUUGUGGUCAGUCUGGGCGGGGCAGCCGUGGGCUUAGUCUUUGCCUUCCUCCUGGCCCUGACCACACGUUUCACCAAGCGGGUCCGCAUCAUCGAGCCACUGCUGGUGUUCCUCCUCGCCUAUGCAGCCUACCUCACUGCUGAAAUGGCCUCGCUGUCUGCCAUACUUGCGGUGACCAUGUGUGGCCUGGGUUGUAAGAAGUAUGUGGAGGCCAACAUUUCCCACAAAUCCCGCACAACUGUCAAAUACACAAUGAAGACCCUAGCCAGCUGCGCCGAGACCGUCAUCUUCAUGCUGCUUGGCAUCUCAGCCGUGGAUUCCUCUAAGUGGGCCUGGGACUCUGGGCUGGUGCUGGGCACCCUCUUCUUCAUCCUGUUCUUCCGAGCCCUCGGCGUGGUCCUGCAGACGUGGGUGCUCAAUCAGUUCCGGCUGGUCCCUCUGGACAAGAUUGACCAGGUGGUGAUGUCCUAUGGGGGUCUGCGGGGGGCUGUGGCCUUUGCUCUCGUCAUCCUCCUGGACAGGAACAAGGUCCCUGCCAAAGACUACUUUGUGGCUACCACUAUUGUGGUGGUCUUCUUCACAGUCAUCGUGCAGGGCUUGACCAUCAAGCCACUAGUCAAGUGGCUGAAGGUGAAAAGGAGUGAGCAUCACAAACCCACCCUGAACCAGGAGCUGCAUGAGCACACUUUUGACCACAUUCUGGCUGCAGUGGAGGACGUUGUGGGGCACCAUGGCUACCACUACUGGAGGGACAGGUGGGAGCAAUUUGACAAGAAGUACCUGAGUCAGCUGCUGAUGCGGCGAUCAGCCUACCGCAUCCGGGACCAGAUCUGGGAUGUGUACUACAGACUCAACAUCCGGGAUGCCAUCAGCUUUGUGGACCAGGGAGGCCAUGUCUUGUCUUCCACAGGCCUGUCUCUGCCCUCUAUGCCUAGCCGCAAUUCCGUGGCAGAGACCUCUGUCACCAACCUGCUGAGGGAGAGUGGCAGUGGAGCAUGCCUGGAUCUGCAGGUGAUUGACACAGUGCGCAGUGGCCGUGACCGUGAGGAUGCUGUGAUGCAUCACCUGCUGUGUGGAGGCCUGUACAAGCCACGGCGCAGGUACAAAGCCAGCUGCAGCCGCCACUUCAUCUCCGAGGAUGCACAGGAGCGGCAGGACAAGGAAGUCUUCCAGCAGAACAUGAAGCGGCGGCUGGAGUCCUUUAAGUCCACCAAGCACAACAUCUGCCUCACCAAGAGCAAGCCCCGACCACGCAAGGCUGGCCGCAAGAAGAAGGAUGGUGUGGCUAGUGCUGAAGCUACAAAUGGGAAACCGCCUCGAGACCUGAGCUUUCAGGACACAGCUGCUGUGAUACUAACUGUGGAGUCGGAGGAGGAGGAGGAAAGCGACAGUUCAGAGACAGAGAAGGAAGACGAUGAGGGGAUCAUCUUUGUGGCCCGGGCCACCAGUGAAGUUCUCCAAGAGGGCAAGGUCUCAGGAAGCCUUGAGGUGUGUCCCAGCCCACGCAUCAUCCCCCCAUCUCCAACCUGUGCAGAGAAGGAGCUGCCCUGGAAGAGCGGGCAGGGGGACCAGGCAGUCUAUGUGUCCUCAGAAACCACCAAGAUCGUGCCCGUGGACAUGCAGAUGGGCUGGGACCAGAGCCUUUCUUCCCUGGAGAGCCUGGCAUCCCCGCCCUGCACCCAGGCCCCACCUCUGCCUCGCCUGCCUGUUUGGCCCCUGGCUGCUGCUGCUGCCGCUGCCGAGGAGCCCACACUGGACCUGCUUUCUGAUCCUCGCCCCAGCUUCGCCUUCCCCCCAAGCCUGGCCAAAGCUGGCCGCUCCCGCAGUGAGAGCAGCGCUGACAUCCCCCAGCAGCAGGAGUUGCAGCCCCUCAUGGGCCCCAAGGAUCCCACUCGGCUCAGCCCAGGCACUGCGAACUCCCACUGGUGCAUCCAGCUGAGCAGAGGUGGCCUGCUGUAGCCCAGGGCCCCGGGGAGG